CCCAGCCCCCCUGCUCUAACCACCAGCCCCCGCUCCCCUCCCAGAGCCGGGGGGACUCAGGAGUCCUGGCCCCUGGCCCUUGUCAUGUGACCAGGCCCAUGCCGGCUUCGGGCAGUUCCGGGUGCGUUGCUAGGCAACUGGGCUCCGGUUGCCAGGGCGCCUGCCUGGCCUUCCAGGUCCCAGUGCAAACCAGUCAGCCCAGCAUGGAUCAGUACAGCAUCCUGGGCAGGAUCGGGGAAGGCGCCCACGGCAUUGUCUUCAAAGCCAAGAACGUAGAGACAGGGGAGACUGUGGCAUUGAAAAAGGUCGCUCUGCGGAGACUGGAGGACGGGAUCCCGAACCAGGCGCUGCGGGAGAUCAAAGCGCUACAGGAGAUUGAGGAGAAUCAGCAUGUGGUGAAGCUGAAGGCCGUGUUCCCCCACGGCGCAGGCUUCGUGCUGGUGUUCGAGUACAUGCUGUCAGACCUGGCCGAGGUGAUCCGCAAUGCCCAGCAGCCCCUGACACAGGCCCAGGUGAAAGGCUACAUGCUCAUGCUGCUGCAGGGGGUGGCCUUCUGCCAUGCCAAUAACAUCAUGCACCGGCAGGAUCUGAAACCAGCUAAUUUACUCAUCAGCUGUACAGGGCAGCUGAAGAUUGCGGAUUUCGGCCUCGCCAGGGUGUUCUCCAGUGACUCAGGCCGGCUCUACAGUCACCAGGUGGCCACCAGGUAAGUGGGAGUGGCCAGGCUCUGGGCUGGAAGCUUUGGCCACAGAACCCGGUCGCUCCACCGAGCCAGGGACCAGGAAUUGGGCUCCUAGGUUCUCUCCCCAGCUCUGGUGGA